CUGUACGGGGAGGGCACGUUUGUGGGUUGUAAAAGCUCUAUAAAUUAGACGCAAGCUGAAAAGCACGUUGCGUUUGAUACGAGGUUGUAAUGGCAAAGAUGAAUGUUGGAACAGCAGUGGUCAUCUUCGCCGCGUUUGCGACUUUCGCUCGAGGUGCGUCCAAGGCUGACUGCAAUUUCGACAGGGACUUCUGCGGUUAUACACAGGAUUUGCACGAUCAGUUUGACUGGACCCAAAUCAACGGUUCCACGCCGAGCAGUUACACAGGGCCUGAUGCGGGUACGUUCGCCUUCAUCGAGACAUCAUGGCCUCGUCUUAAUGCUGAGGCUGCGCGUCUUAUUGGCCCGGAUAUCCAACUUUCCGAUGGCAACUGUUUGACGUUCACGUACCACAUGAAGGGGUUACACGUUCGCCAGCUCAACGUGUACUUACAGGAUGUCAGCGGUUCGCGCAUGCUCCUUUGGAGUGUUAGUGGCGAGCAGGGAGACUUGUGGCAUGCGGCACGUGUUCCGUUAUCUCUUAGUAACUUGAAGUCCUCAAAGAUCGUUUUUGAGGGAUAUUCGGGGACCGGGUACAUGGGCGACAUCGCCAUUGAUAAUGUCAAGCUAACUACCGCCUCAAGCUGCCACCUUCUACCCACGAGUGCUAAACCCACCACGCCCACAAGUCCCCCUGUACCGCCAGUACCAAGUGUCCCCAAUUGCGGAGUUCGCCCUCCUGCGUCCCGUAUCGUGGGUGGUAAUGACGCAAUGCACGGAGAGUGGCCAUGGCAAGCGAUGCUUAUGUUCCAGACCCCCCUGGGCUAUAAACAGUUCUGUGGUGGGGCCUUGGUGCACGAAGACUGGGUACUCACUGCUUCUCACUGCAUCAAUGACAUCCGGCCAGAGGACUACAAAACCCAUAUUAUCAGCUUGGGGGGUCACAACAAGACGGGCAUAAUGUCAGUAGAGCAGCGAAUAGGGAUCGCCAAGAUCUACCUGCACGCCGACUACAAUCUCUACCCCCACCAGUACAACAACGACGUCGCUCUUAUUCGCCUGGCCAAGCCUGCUAUUCGAACACGUUACGUCCAACCGGUUUGUCUGGCGGACGGCACUGUCUCAUUCCCCCCUGGAACCGAGUGUUGGAUCACUGGAUGGGGACGGCUGCAUUCGGGUGGAGCAUCACCGGAAAUCCUCCAGCAAGCCAAGACCAAGCUAUUGAGCUACGCCGAGUGUACCAAGAACGGGUCAUACGGAGCGGCCGCCGUGUCUUCCAAGAUGCUUUGCGCACAGGUCCCUGGUAUCGAUACGUGUCAGGGGGAUUCAGGGGGGCCUCUGGUCUGCGAAAACAACAACAAGUGGACCCUGGUGGGGGUGACUAGCUGGGGGUAUGGAUGCGCCCAUCCCGACUACCCUGGUAUUUACGCCAAACUGACAGAGCUGAAGGACUGGGUCUUCCACCACAUGGCCACAAACCCUUAAGGGGGCAGUAGUGUUUUUAAAAGUCAACAUUUAAGCUUGCUAUCUAAUAAAGAGCUUACAAAAA